AGCUGCGCAGAGCGGCCGGGGGCGCCGCCUCACGUGACCGCACCGGGAAGCGGCGGCGGCGGAGGCGAUGAGCGGCGCGGCCGAGGCAGUGGUGGCUGGGGCCGGGGCCGGGGCUGAGCGGCGAGUCCACAUCGUGGUGGAGUAUUGCGAGCCCUGCGGCUUCGAGGCCACCUACCAGGAGCUGGCGAGCGCGGUGAGGGAGGAGUACCCCGACAUCGAGAUCGAGUCCAGGCUGGGGGGCACAGGUGCCUUUGAGAUCGAGAUCAACGGGCACUUGGUCUUCUCCAAGCUGGAGAACGGAGGCUUCCCCUACGAGAAGGACCUGAUCGAAGCCAUUCGCAGAGCCAGGAAUGGGGAACCCCUGGAGAAGAUCACCAACAGUCGCCCCCCCUGCGUCAUCCUGUAGCCCCCUGCCCAGCUGGGCUCGCCCAGUGCCCCCCAGCCUUGCUCCUCACCACCUCCCUUAGCCUCCUGCCUGACCAGGGACGCCGAAGGAAUGCCAGAGUGUGAGGAGCUGCCCUGGGGAUGCCAGCGUGGCACUGGGUGGUGGGAGUGAGAGCUGGGGUGGGCAGAGCUGUGCUACUGCUCUCACUGGGCUGGCCCUGCUGGGGUGAGGGGGGGCUGGUAGUCAUGGCUCAUCCCCUUGGGUGCCAUCCCUGCUGUGCCUGACCUCCUGUGGGGUGUAGCUGUGGUGUUGGGCACUCCCCUGCCUGCCUUUGCCUCUCUCCUGUGCCCAGCAGCACAGGGAGGGGCUCUGCCCUCCCUCAACCCCUGAGGAUUUUGGGGGAGGGGGGGGGCUGUCCUCAGUGUGUGAAGGCUGUGCCCAUCCCUUGGAGGAGUCAGGCUGGGUGCUGGAGGGGACUUCACAGCUGCAGAGCUCUGGAAAAACCACUUGGAGUGACCCUGAGUGUGGUUUGUUAAUGAUUAAAGCCUCUCCUGUCACUCUUUAAACCAGGCUGAGGGCAGCAGGGGCCUGGCUGCCCUGUGCCAGCCAUGGGAACCCUGGCACAGCUCCGUCCCCACGGCCCUGAAGUUGAUUUAACAGCCUUGAAUGUCCCCCCCCAGCCCUGUUCUCAGGCUCUCAGCUCUUUCCCCACUUCAUGCCCCUGGCCAUGGGGAGGCUGAGCUGGCAGUGGGGCCUCUAUUUAUUCUGUUGUGUGUGUAAGGGCAGCAGCCUGGCACUCAAUAAAGGGCACAGGAGAAUGUG